UUUUAGCAUGGAGAGCAUCACACCAGCAGAUACGUCCGGGAUGGUACAGCCUACUAUUUUUCCACGUGUGGGCUACAGCAUACUUUCGUACCUCAUGUUUAUAAACACAUUACUUUCUGUGUUUAAUAACUCGCUGGUGAUCGCCGUAAUGCUUAAAAAUGUGCAUUUUCUCAAUGCGAUGAACGUUAUUAUUCUCAGCCUUGCAAUCUCGGAUCUUAUGAUCGCCACCUGCGGUUCAGCAAUUGUCACCAUCACGAAUUAUAAAGGAUCUUUCUUUUUAGGGGAACCGUUCUGUGUUUUUCAGGGCUUUUCUGUGAACUACUUUGGUUUGGUGUCUCUGUGUACUCUCACACUACUGGCAUAUGAACGAUACAACGUUGUCUGCAAACCAAUGGCCGGCUUUAAGCUGAACGUUCGCAGAAGUUGCAUGGGUUUGCUGUUUGUAUGGUUUUAUUGCCUCUUCUGGGCUGGCGCUCCACUUUUGGGCUGGAGCUCAUACGGACCUGAGGGCGUCCAGACGUCCUGCUCUUUAGGUUGGGAGGAGAGGUCCUGGAAUAACUACAGCUACCUUAUCUUCUACAUUCUUCUUUGCUUCAUCUUACCCACGGCCAUCAUUAUAUACUGCUACACCAACGUUCUUAUCUCCAUGAAGAAGAUCAACAAAAGCAUUGAGCGUCAAGGUGGAAAAAACUGCCUGGAGGACAACGAACAUGCAUAUCGGAUGGUCCUGGCCAUGAUCACAGCCUUCUUCAUCUGCUGGCUGCCUUACACUGUCAUCUCUUUAGUUGUAGUUGUGAAUCCAGAAAUCUACAUAUCACCUCUGUUGGCCACCAUGCCUAUGUAUUUUGCCAAGACCAGCCCUGUUUACAAUCCUAUUAUCUACUUCCUGACCUAUAAACGGUUCCGGGAGUCCUCUCUGGAGAUCCUGUCCUGUGGUCGAUACAUUCCCCGUGGUACUGCAGUGAGUCUUAAUAUGUGCACGGCCCAGAGGAGUCACCCAACCAGUACAAGCUGCAAGAUAGUUCCAGUUUGAUCUGAGGUUGAGGUUUUCCGACAGCUGGAAAUUUUUACGGUGUCUGUGGUUUGCAUGACCUCCUUCACCAACCCCAUCAUCUAUGCAGCAGUCAACCCUCAGUUUCGCACAGAAUUGUAUUAUUUGAAGACUAAAUGGAAAGCGUAUUUUAUUGGUCCAUAGAGG